AUUUUUUUUAAAAAAAAAAAAAAAACGGUACAUCGUGAAUCAGACCCGGGCUUAAACCGGGUGCGAUUCGAGUGCAGAGAAAGUGGAUUUAAAUUAAGAUUUCAUUUCCUUAAAAGACUCCGAAUUGAAAACAUGAGUGGAUUCGCGAAACUCUUCGGGAAAGGUAAGGGUUCAACUGGGAAAGGUCCCACUCCUCAGGAAGCCAUUCAGAAGCUCCGAGACACGGAGGAGAUCCUGGUGAAGAAGCAGGAAUUCCUGGAGGAGAAAAUCAACAAGGAGCUGCAGAUUGCUAAGAAGAAUGGGACCAAAAACAAGAGAGGUACAAAGUGGAUGCUGUGUGUAUCUCGUCUCAGUGACUCUCCUCAGGGAUGUUGUGUGUGUGUAUCUCGUCUCAGUGACUCUCCUCAGGGAUGCUGUGUGUAUCUCGUCUCAGUGACUCUCCUCAGGGAUGUUGUGUGUGUGUAUCUCGUCUCAGUGACUCUCCUCAGGGAUGCUGUGUGUGUGUAUCUCGUCUCAGUGACUCUCCUCAGGGAUGUUGUGUGUGUGUCUCGUCUCAGUGACUCUCCUCAGGGAUGUUGUGUGUGUGUAUCUCGUCUCAGUGACUCUCCUCAGGGAUGUUGUGUGUGUGUAUCUCGUCUCAGUGACUCUCCUCUCCUCAGGGAUAUUGACAAGGUCGACGAGUUGAUGUCUGAGAUCACGGAGCAGCAGGACAUCGCUCAGGAGAUCUCCGACGCCAUCUCCAGACCCACGGGCUUCGGGGACGACGUGGACGAGGAGGAGCUCCUUGCAGAGCUGGAGGAGAUGGAGCAGGAGGAUCUGGAGAAGGACCUGCUGACUGUGGAGGACCAGACUCCGGACGUCCUUCCCAGCAUUCCCACCGACCAGCUGCCCUCCUUGCCCUCCCAGAGCAACAAGAAGCCAGCAAAAGCAGAGGAUGAAGAUGAUGAAAUGAGAGAGCUGGCAAACUGGGCUUUAUGAGGAGAGAGGGAACGAGACGGAGGAAGGAGAGGGAGGAGGGAGGAGAGAGGAGAGCGAGAGGAGAGGGAGAGGGAGGAGAGGAGAGGGUUACACGUUGCAAUUAUGGUGCCUUAAGUUCUAGCUUCUUUAAUUAGGGCUGCGCUGAAACUCUGAGUCGCCAUUGUGAAGUGUUAAUUAAUGAAUGAAUUACCAUCGGGUGUUCAAUUAAUCCACUCCUCACCGCGCUGAUUGCAAAACGAGACGCUGUCCUCCCCUCACCUUUACAACGGAGUGCAGGCCGACGCGCUCCAAAAGCCCAUCGGAAGAGGUGUUUCCUCUCCAUUGUAAAGGUGAGGGAAGGACAGCGCCUCUCGUUUUGCAAUCAGCGCGCGGGCCGAGUGGAUCAAUUGAACACCUGCGGAUUUUAAAAAUAAUGAAUUAAUUAAUAAAGGCGCUUCUGAAUUUCAGCGCAGCCCCUCAGGAGAUCUCGUUUUCAAGAACAGGAUUUAAACAAAGUAGUAAACAAAACAAUGUUUAUUUGAGAACUGGUUUCAUUUACUGAUGCGUUUCUCUGCUGUGAAACCGGAGCUUCAGACGGUCUCUGUUGAAUGAAGUCUUUCUCAGCGUCUUCAGUGUCAAUUCAAUGGCAAACGUUUCCACUAGAAGUCUCUCUCAGUGUCUUCAGC